AUGCGUGGAUCAUCGAAAACACCUGCAACCUACAGUGGUCUCGGGACUUGGCGAGCCUGCGAAAUUCUGUCCCUCGAGGCUUCACAUUUCGGACAUGACAGAGAGCACAUCGGCACUAGCCCCGUUGACGUCAAACAGCUAGAUGGAUGGUCAUCGAAGCUCUUCCGCGACGAAGUCGUAGGGGAGUGGAAAGUACGAAAAAAAGCCGAAGACGAAGUCCAAUAUUCCUUACAUCUUCACUGUCAUGUUAGCGGGUCUCAUUCAUUCCUCGCACCCCCUGUCAUCCGGAGCUGGAUAUUUGAAAGAGAAAUGCCAUUGGUUUUGGAGUCCAUUAUGUACGCUGAGAAGGAUUUGUUCGCUUCUCAUCCAGAUCUUACCGCCGCAACAGUAUGGAUCCACUACCACUCCCACUCGCCCAGCUUCGACAGAGCAGAUUGCUGGGGUCCUCUGCACAGCAGUCUAUCGCGUUCCAGGGAUGACUCGACACUGCUAGACAACCUUGCGGCUGCUGCUGCAAUGAUUGUGGUAACCUUUGCCUAA